UCAAACGCCGCUCCCCCGCUUUCCGCCGCUACGCUACUACGCGAGGCCGCGCGCUCCCCUGAGUCCCCUCCUUUUCUUCUCCGGCGCUGCCUCCGCGGGAUCGCCUCGCCGUCCCCGGUAACGCGGUUUUUGUUCUACUCUUCAUUGGUGUGGUUACUACUCUUUGCUCAACAAGAUGGUUUCCUUUGAGAUGAAUGACCUCAAGAAGAUUGGGCUAGGCCUGACAGGCUUUGGAGUAUUCUUCUCCUUCCUGGGAAUAGUUUUCUUCUUUGACAAGGGGCUUAUUGCAAUGGGAAAUAUUCUCUUCCUGUCAGGUUUGGGUUUGACAAUUGGUCUGAAAUCAACUAUGCAAUUCUUCACCAAGCCUAAGAAUUACAAGGGUACCAUCUCAUUUGGUGCUGGAUUUUUCCUGGUUCUCAUUGGGUGGCCCUUUUUCGGCAUGCUUCUAGAGGCAUAUGGCUUUGUUGUGCUCUUCAGUGGAUUCUGGCCAACUCUUGUGGUUUUCUUGCAAAGGAUUCCUAUUAUUGGCUGGAUAUUUCACCAACCAUUUGUCACAUCGUUCCUCGACCGCUACAGAGGAAAACGAGUUCCAGUGUAGUGCACACUCGUUGUUUUGUUUCGUAUGGUGUAGCAACUGAAGGUUUUUGGGGGGUACAACAGCAAGUAGUGUUAGAAAGCGAUAGGCAGAUAAACGAUGAACAACAAUAGAUCAAUCACAGAAGACACGAGAUUUAACGUAGAAAACCCUUCUAAAACAGAAGAGAGAAAAAAACGGGUACUAACCAGCAAAUAUCAUCACUAUAUCGGAUAAGCUUACAACACCGAACAACCUUACAAUAAGUAUAUAUACGAUGAAACCUCUGGCAAAGUGGCCCUUAUACGAGAGUACAGAUGAAUUUGGAUCACAACUCAACAAGUGGUUCUCCCAGUGUGUAGUCCUUUCUCUACAUGUUUACUUGCUGGUAGGUUUGUUCUUUUGUUACACCCCUGGACCCCUGCUGAAUACUUUCGGCCAGAGACAUGCAAAUUCUACAAUGAAAUGGAUUGGAGAAACAUCUUAAGCAAGCCUCGUAUGUUGGGAAAAGGUUGCAGUACAGGAUCGCUAUUGAAAACUAAAAUAGAUGUUACAUACGCUUUAUCUUGGUUUGUAACAGUGAUUCAGUCCAGAUAUGGAUAUUUCAGCCUCGCCGGUGUAUGCUCUAUUGUGUUAUCACAACUUCUAUGUGCACUUAACAAGCUUGAAGAAAGGAAAUUCGCUGCAAUUGAAAUUAACUGUGGCAGUAAUGGCUCCAUGGUUCGUUUUAUUCGUGUACAGCUAUAUGAUUUGCAGACAUUUUAUUUUAGCAGCUUUACGAGAUUAGGAAUUGGUGCUGUGAUGCAAGCCUUUGCUUGCUGGACUGUAGCAUACUGGUAUUCAAACGAAGUAUGGUUCAACUGCUAUAUGUUAACAUUCAACCUAAUAAUAAUCAAAA